AUGCGUCUCAUCUGUCAAUGUUUAUGUUUACGUUUAAUUGAUAGAACAGGAGACGAUACUCAAAAGAAAAAUAUUUUAUCAGAAGAACAACUAUUCUUAACUAAAAAAGCUAAAUCUUUGUCGAAUUUUUUAUUUUUAAAAGAUGAUGUAUUUCGAAUUGAAGCAUUAAAAUCAUAUCAAAAGAAAGCAAUUACAAUUCAACCAUUGAACAAUAAAGAUGAUUUCAAGAGACAACAAUUAUCAAAUCAAAAUAUUGCUAAACAUAUCUAUCGUCAUGCCUUAAUCACCGUCUUAGAUAAAGUUAACAAGCCUAUAGUAUGAUAUUAUUUAUGUCUCGUUCAACAUGAAGUAACUGGUCACAAAAGGAGAGAUUUUCGCAGACAUAACACACUCUAAUCACAUCGAAUAGUGAACGAAACCAACCUCAGAUGUUUACACAAAUAUGUGUUCAUUCAUUUUAUAAUGUUGCUUGCAUCAAAAUUCU